AUGGACUCCACCCCAAACCCUACCUUCAUCUCCCAACCUAAUCACAACCACCCCCACCACCUCUCCAUUAAAGCCUCUGCUUCUAAGCUUCCCAUCAAACGCAAAACCCCCGAAACCUCUUCUUCCUCUUCUAACCCUAACCCUAACCCUAACCCUAAUCUCUCCCCAAUUCUACCCCCCAAACUCGAACCCGCCACCACCGAUGACGGCGGCAGUGGCGGAGAUGACAACGAUGACGUCGGCGGCGCAGAUCGGAAUCCUCCGCCGUUCAAGUUCCACAGGAUAUGGACUGAGCCCGACGAGAUUCGGUUCCUUCAAGGCCUCCUCGACUGUUCCUCUGAGAGACUAUCUUUUCCGAGAGAUCUCAAUGUCUUCUUCGCAACUUUCUCCGAUACGAUGUCGCAACCCUACACCAAAUCUCAGCUCUCCGAGAAGCUCCGUCGGCUGAGGAAGAAGUUCCGGGUGAUCUCCUCGCGCCUCGCGCGGGGGCUCGACAAGGCCCUGCUUUCGCCGCACGAUCGAGCGUUGUUUUAUCUGUCGAAGCAGUUAUGGCACCCGGAGUUCUCGUCUACGUCGCCAUUCGGUGCCAGUAAUAAGCAAAAGAAGUCGAAUUUGGUUAGGGUUAAAGUUAGGUUCUCACCAACACUGCCCUCAGCUUUAAUUCCCGCUUCUAAUCAACCAAUAACCUACGAAUUGAACGAUCACAGCGUCUUGAAUUGUAUCGGUAAUGAUCAAAAUGACGAGGACGGUGGUGAUGAUCGUGUCUUCGUUGGAGGUUCUGAUGUUAAAUUGAGUGAGGUCAAUGUUGAGUUUGAUGGUGGUGUUCGAGAGCAGGAAUUGCCAAUGUCGAGUGGUUCUGGAGGAGGUGGCGAUGGUGGUAGGUGUGAUUCGGAAACUGGGUUGCGACAGGUUGUGGCGAAGACUGUGAUCAAUGUGUUUGAUCAGUGUCUCAAAGAGGUUAAGAUGGCUCUUGUUCGGCAUCAUGGGUCAGGAACUCAAGCUGGUUCUUCCAAGGAUGACUUUGAGAAGCGGUGGAGGGAACAAAGAGUUGCGGAGUUGGAUUUGUUGGCUCGCCGCUUAAGGUUGAUUCAUGAGCAUUCCCUGCACAGGCAAUGA